CCCCCCCCCCCCCCCCGCUCACGUCCACCGGCCCGCCCGUGUCUGGCUGAGCUCCCUUUCUUUCCAUCAUGUCGCUCAAUCUUGAUGCCGCCAUCGAGAAGCUGAAGCGCUGCGAGCUGAUCUCCGAGCGGGAGGUCAAGCAGCUGUGCUCUCGCGCGCGGGAGAUCCUCGUCGAGGAGAGCAACGUCCAGCGCGUCGACCCGCCGGUCAUUAUUUGCGGCGACAUUCACGGCCAGUUCUGGGACCUGAUGGAGCUCUUCAAGAUUGGUGGCGAGGUGCCCCACGAGAACUACAUGUUCAUGGGUGACUUCGUCGACCGUGGCCACUUCAGUAUCGAGACUUUCCUCCUGCUGCUGGCCCUCAAGGUUCGCUACCCCAACCGGAUCACCCUCAUCCGCGGGAACCACGAGUCGCGACAGAUCACCCAGAUCUACGGUUUCUACGACGAGUGUGUGCGCAAGUACAACUCGGUCAAUGUGUGGCGCUACUGCUGCGAGGUGUUCGACCACCUGAGUCUCUCGGCCAUUGUGUCCGACCGGGUGUUCUGUGUGCAUGGUGGUCUGUCGCCGUCCAUCAACACCCUGGAUCAGAUCCGGACGAUUGACCGCAAGCAGGAGGUCCCGCACGAGGGUGCCAUGUGCGACCUGCUCUGGUCCGACCCGGAGGAAAUCAGCAGUUGGGGUGUCAGCCCUCGAGGGGCUGGCUUCCUCUUCGGCCGCGACGUGGUGGAGGGCUUUAACGAUGCCAACGGCCUUUCGCUCAUCGCUCGUGCACAUCAGCUGGUCAUGGAGGGCUACAAGUACAUGUUCGACCAGCGCAUCGUCACCGUCUGGUCGGCGCCAAACUACUGCUACCGGUGCAACAAUGUGGCCGCCAUCCUCAAGCUGGAUGAGUCGCUCAUGCCGCAGUUCACCAUCUUCAAGGAUGCCCCGAACCAGCCCGGGCCAGACACCCCUCACCGCCGGACCACCACCGACUACUUCCUGUAAGUGAGAAGGCGCGAUGUUCCUCCGGUGCGCGCGCGGCCGCGCGGCCGCGCACUUCCGAUGCAUGAGAGCCCGCUCAUCUCUCCUCUCCCCUUCUCGCCCUCCAUAUGCUGUCCGCACAUGUUCUCUCCACCUUUCUCCUUGGAGACCGCGCAGGGGAGCCGGACGGAGGCAGGACGAGGCGAGGGACGGGGCGCAAACGCACAUCUCCCCUUCCAUUUUCACAGUCACAAGCCGGCCUCGUGACGCCCUCUUUCCUUCUCUCUCCCCUCUGCCUUUCUCGUCCCUGUGCCGGUCAGCCCGGCCAGGCAUCGGGUGGGCCAGUGCGCACGCGUGCGUUCCCCUCUUGUGUGUCCUCUCCCUCCUCCUCCGCAUGGGACGGGGAAAGUGCAUCACUUGCGGAGGUAGGGGCGCCAUGCGCCGCGGUGGGCGCAUUGCCAUCUCGUCGCUGUCGCACCUCUCCCCGCGCACGGCCCCCUUCUCCGUUACCCGAUGAGUUGGGGAGGGGGCGGGUCCGUGUAGGGGAGACACUCCUUUAUCCCCCCCCCCCCC